CAUCCCUCUUUCUCUCUCUACUGCAUUCAUUAUAUAGAAAUGGACCGAAAGCGAAAGAGCAGUGCCCAAGAUUCACCCAUCCCGAUAAUGAACCCUUCUUCUUCUUCCACCUCCUCCGCCGACGAUGAUAAUCUCCCCCCGCCGCCGUCAAUGAAACUCACGCCGCCGCCGUCAAUGAAAAUAACGGCGUGGAUGAGAACGAAACGGUUUCGUUAACCCUAUCUCUGUCCAGCCAACCCACCGCCACAACCACCACCUCCCUCCGUCCGCGUCUGCUCUCCACCCCACAAAACUGGCACCACCGCCCUCCGCCGCCGCAGAUUCAUCAGUACUUCCCUCUUCCGAUAACACUACCAAUGGAUCUACCCCACUUCAACCAAAUGUUCUACCCACCAAAUUUCACCGCCGCCGGUCCUUCCUUCAUCAACCUCAACAACCCACCCCACCCCCUCGUUCCGCCGCCGCCGCCGCCAUCGCCAACCUCCGUCGGCUUCCUCCGCCCGCGUCGCCCCCGUCGCAACCAAUCCCGACCCCCACCGGAAGGCAGAUCCCCGACCAUCACACCACCGUUCCCAUGGUCAACAAACCUCCGCGCCACCGUGCACAGCCUCAACCACCUCCUCUCAAACCAAAUCGGCGCCGUGAGCGGCGAGGUCCAGUGCCGCCGCUGCGAGCGCCGCUACACGAUCUCAUUCAACCUGAUGCAGAAGUACAACGAGGUGGCCGCAUACAUCACCAACAACAGAGACGCCAUGCACCACCGCGCACCAAAAGCGUGGCUCAGCCCGCCGCUCCCGACGUGCGAAUUCUGCGGGCAGGAGAACGCCGCCCGCCCCGUAAUCGCCGACAAGAAGAGAUCCAUCAACUGGCUGUUCCUCCUCCUCGGACAGAUGCUCGGCUGCUGCACACUCGAACAGCUCAAAUACUUCUGCAAGCACACCAAGAACCACCGCACCGGAGCUAAAGACCGGGUUCUGUACUUGGCUUAUCUCGCUCUCUGCAAACAGCUCGAUCCAAACGGUCCCUUUGAUGUUUGAUUUGAUUAAUUCGGUUUAAUUGUUUUGUUAAUCGUGGAUUAGUGUG